GGAAGGUGCCGCCGCUCAGAUCCCUUUGCGCUUGGUGAGAGGAGAGCAGACCCGGGAGGCAGAAAGUGAGCGAGCCGAGAGGGGUCCCCGAGGGCCGCUAUGGCUCCUUCCGCGCUGAGCGCUGCUCUGGCUUUUGGGGAGGCGGGCGCCCCACCUUCUAACCCCCACGGAGCGGCGCCCUAAAACCAAGCCAAGAGCUCGGAGGGGCCGCUGAGCGCAGCGUUGCUGCCCGAGAUGUGAGUGCAGCCCGGUCCCGAGCGCAGGAUCCAGCCAGGGGGACCCGAAGCGCCUCCUCGCCUCGCCUCGCCCACCCGCUGCUGCUGCUGGUGUUUCUCUCGCCCCCCUCCCCCCUUUAUCCCGGGGGCAGCUCGACUCGCCCCGGGAUCGGGGCCACCUGUUACUUCUUCUCAGCGCAAGUCGGGGCUGGCUGGUACUCCGCGAGGAAGCCGAGCGGCGGGCGCUGCUCCACCUCCUCUCUCCUGCCGCCAUGGAGAGCGCCGGACUUUCCAGCCCCGAGCAAGACCUGAUUCGCAAGAGCUGGCAGAAAGUGAGCGCCAGCCCUUUGGAGCACGGCAUCGUCCUGUUUACCAGGCUUUUUGAUUUGGAUCCUGAUCUCUUGCCCCUUUUCCAGUACAACUGCAAAAAGUUCUCUACCCCUGAGGAGUGCCUCUCAUCACCUGAGUUCCUGGAACACGUUCGGAAGGUGAUGCUGGUAAUAGAUGCUGCUGUGACACAUUUGGAGAACUUGCAGUGUUUGGAGGAGUACCUUGCCAACUUGGGAAAGAAACACCAUGCAGUUGGCGUGAAGGUGGAGUCUUUUUCGGCUGUGGGGGAAUCCUUGCUGUAUAUGCUGGAAAAAUGCCAUGGCCCUGCGUUCAACUUGAAUGUCCGUGAAGCCUGGACCAGGCUGUAUGGCACUGUGGUGAAAGCCAUGAGCUGUGGCUGGGAUGUUCCAGGAAAGGUGGAAUAAGCCUGGAAGAGGACAUGUGGGCUGUGGCUGUUCAUCCUUGGGAACAGCUCUGAGGAGAGAGCAAGCUCGCCUUUCCAGUUUGGUGUGCUUCAGAGUAAUCUUUGCUGCUUGCUCAUCUCUCUCUCAUUUACUUUCACAUUUCCCAUCUCUUGUGAUAAUGUGAUUUUGCUCCCAAAUUUCAGUGUAGCAGUUUCACAGGUCUGGGGGUUUUUGGGUGAGGGGAGAGGAGAGCCAGGCUGGAAUCAUAGCCGGUAGAGGUGAUGUCUGUAGCGGCUUUCCCACCAAAAGGUCUUAUGAAGAGUAAUUACAAAAGAUCCCUCAGUACAGAAAGGUUAUUCCACCAGCUAUUCCCUCAGCCUACGAAGCCUGGGAGUGUUUGAAUUAAGUCAGACAAUGGUGGAUGCUUUCCUGUGGGAUUAUCAAAGCAAUGUAUCUUUUUUUUAAAAAAGGGUGAAUUCUGCCAUAAAGCUCCUCUUGCUAUGUCUAAGCUGCUAGCUGGUGGAAUUCCAAAAUGCUUGGCCACAAGAGAAAACUUGGAGAUGCAGUGGUUACCCAUUCCCUGUGUGUGAAAAUAAAACUUUCUCAUUAAUUGAGUGACACCUUAGGCUUCUGUCCUGGGUAAAGCUUCCAAACAUUUAUCCUGGUUCCUGCUCAAAGAGUGUUUGUGCAGUUCAUUUCUGGGCAAUUGAGUAAUAUCCAUACACUGCCAUUUUCCCCAAGGCCUUUAAGCUCUUGUAGAAUCUUUUAAACUUUUCUCAGAUUUGAAGUAACUUUCUAGCCUUUGUUCUUGACAUGUACAUUAUCUUUGAAAACUUUAAAAAGGAUUAUUUUAGUUUAAAACAUUUAAACUAUUUAAAGCAAAUUACCUGUAGGAUGGAGCAGAUGGCCCUAUAGAGGAAUUCUGAGAUGGGCAAAUAGGGCCUAGUUAUGUAAAAGGAUGGGGACCUGUCAGAUUUUUUCACUUAGUCUGGUCCAAUUCUCUUCCUUAAUACAACUCCCAUCUCAUGUGGCUUUUGUCCAGGCAAGUCCCGUGAUUUUGGAUGGGAAAAGGGGGACUUUCUUCCCUUUUUCACCAAUAGAAAAGUUGGUAAGAUCCCUCUCAGUGGGUUGGGUGGGGGAACUAUCUCUGAUAUCCACAUAAUAGUUUAGUUAAGUUUUCUUUCUGUGAUCCUUUCACCUAACCCACCUAUACCAAAGACACUCUGAUAGAGUUAGUGAUAGUUCCUGGGCCUCUCACAAGUAGGGUUGCCAAUCCCCAGGUGGGAAGAGAGGCCAGUAAAUCCCCAGGUGGUGGCAAGGGAGCCCCCCAGUUUGGAAGCCCUCCCCCCCACUUCAGAGUCAUCAGAAAGUGGGGGGGAAGGGAGGGACGGUGGCUUAGUGGUAGAGCAUCUGCUUGGAAAGCAGAAGGUCCCAGGUUCAAUCCCUGGCAUCUCCAAAAAAGGUUCCAGGCAAAUAGGUAUGAAAAACCUCAGCUUGAGAUCUUGGAGAGCCAGUGCCAGUCUUGAUGGACCAGUGGUCUCAUUCAGUACAAGGCUCCUUCAUGUAUAUGUGGGAGGGCAUGGAUUUAGUUUGGAGCCUGACAUAGCAGGGAGGAUAUUUAAACCUCCUCCAUGUCAUUUUCCAAUAGAAGUCACCUGACAGAUGGAAACUACAUAACAGGGCAAAAAAGGAAAGGUGCAGUAUGGGUCUUUGCCUCCUACUCUGGCUAAAACAAGAUGUGGAGAACAAUUUCUAUUGGGGAAAGAAUUCAUCAUCCCCAUUUCCAGUCCUGCGACCUAUAUUGAGGCCUCCUGUGUAUGCUUUCUUACAUUAAAACACAGUUCUCCCAUGUCCUGUGUAAUUUGGCUAUAUUAACUGGUAGCUACAUUGGGUGGGUGAAAUUCCAUAGCUUAGCAGGCUGAUGACAUAGUCCUACGCACAUGUACUUGGAAGUAAGCAUCUUUGAGUUUCAAGAAAGGUGAGAUGUACAGUAGUCAGUUAAGUCCACUGUGUUCAGUGGAGCUUACUCUCAGGUAAAGAUGCAUAUGGUUGUAUCCUGACUAUGAUGAGGCCUUGAGACAAAAAGGGCAGGCCAUUGUCCACUCCUGAUCAUGCAUUUCCUUCAGGUGUGAAAGCACUGGCUGUAUUGUGUAAAUGUAUGGUCCAUGUUAGUCUCAUUUAGUGUAGCACUGAAGUGUCUUUUAUAGGGGAGGAACCUGCCCCCUCCCUCCCUUCCUCCCCCCUCCCUUAAAAAAAAGCAAGCAAAUGCUUAGUGCAGUCUAGUCUCUCUAUUAUAUGAUGUCGCUUCCUGGGAUGUUUUAGGGUGAUUGGCAACUAUUUUGAUGUGUUUAAAAAAUGCACAGAAGUUGCAGCCCAAGGUAUGAAAUGUGUCUGUUGUCCUUGACUGAAUAUCCACAGCUUUAAUGCAGCUAGGAUUAACAAUAGGCAAAUAGUUUGUCUGGCAUAUUUGUUAUCUUGCCCUUCUUCCAGGAAGUGCAGGGCGGUGUGUAUGUUUUUCUCUUGUCCUCUGUUAUCUCCAUAGCAGCCCUGUCAGGGUAGAUUAAGCUGGAAAAAGAAGUGCCUGGCCCAAGGUUAUGCUGUGAGCUGGGUAGAGAUUAAAUCCAGGUUUCCUUAGUCUUUGUCUGACAUUUGAGCCACUAUCAUGCUCUGCACCAGAACUCCCCAAACCUGGUAGGAUCCUGAAUUUGUCAUCCUUUAUUGGGACACAAUACUUUUGUUCACCCUCAACAAAGGGGAAGCAGGUAGCUGGAUGUGAAGACCCAGGAGACUAGAUUUGGUUAUUGGGCCAGCAGGAUAUCUAGGAGAAAUAGCCAGCUAAAAAGCUGUGUUGUGAGAUCUUUAAUGCCCAGAAAUUAAGUGACUUGUCCUGAGAAAUCCCCUUUUAUGACACUGACGUACCACCUUCAAGUGCAUUGGGAGUUUUAAUUCUGCUUGUGAAAAGAGACCCUCGCAUGCACAUGCAUACAGCUACAUGAUCUGUACCACAGGGUUUUGUUUUGCAGGGCUUGGGUUUCAGCACAUAGUCUUGUUUUUUGACAUUAUAAAUGGAUAACUGUAAUUCAUUGGUUCAGAACUGUGGCAGUCAUCUCCACAUUCCCAGACAGCAGGUGAGGAGAUAAGCAUAUUUUCCAUCCUGCAAUGGCCAGAUUUUAGGCAAGGACUCAUACAACUGAACUCUCGUACAUUUUUUUUAAAUCCCCACACUUAGAAAGCUAGUCUUUCAGGGACAAGGGUUCUAGCCUGGCUUUUCCACUGGCGUGCAAAACCUCUGAUGCCUUUCAUAACUCUUUAACUCUUUGUUCUUUUGUGCCAUAUUUUGGUGAAUGUUGUCGAAGACAUUUUAAAAAAAACAAACCCCCUGUUCUUGGUGUGCCUCAGACUGUUUUUUGCAGUGCUUUACGUGCUAUGUCUGUUCUGCAGUGUAAAAUGUUAAAUUUAAUCCACUAGGAAAGUGGUGAUAUGAGGAAGUGUGAUGUUGUUUUGCUCUCUGGACAUGACAGCUUACUCCCGUGCUCUUGGAUCAGCUGUGACUUGUUCAUUGACCCAGAGGAAAUGCUGUCUUCUUUCUGCCAUCCUCCGCUGCUGUCUUAGAUGAGAAAGGGGGGGGGGGAGAAACUAUCCUUAGCUGGGCCAAACUUCUGUCAUGUUAGUUCUUCAGAAGGGAAAAAUCCACCAGGUGGGUAUGAUGUCUGCUGUCACUGCAGCACUGGGAAGGGAAAAACUAUACCCAGUGAUGGCAUUCGUCCUUCAGUGCAGUUCUUUGAGGUACAGGGCCUGGUAGGUACUGGGCCCAGACGCUGCCUGUAUUCCCUGUACUUUCCCAAGCCUGCGGUAGGAUGGUGAAGAGAUGAACUUUAACAGAACUCAAAAUUCAGGGAUCAGGAUCUUUACAAAGAAAUGUAUGUAUAUGCAGAACCAGCUGGCAUAAUAAAGUGAGAUUGUGACUAAA